UAACACAAUUUAGAACAACGCAUUAAGGGAAACGGAAAGGGGGAUACCGAGUCAGUUGUACAACUGAAAUGUGUCUUCCGCAUUUAACCCAACCCCUCUGAAUCAGAGAGGUGCGGGGGCUGACUUAAUCGACAUCCAUGGCUAAAUGGGUUUGUAAUAGAAAAUUAAUGCGUCAAAACUAAUGUUGACGUCAAUAAAUGCAUUUUCUAUAGCUUCCAAAAUAUUUUACAAUUGAGAAGUACCAAGAUGGCUUCAAUACAGCGCCCCCUGUCAGUCAUCCAUGGUGUAUACACAUUAUUGGAUAGCAGGGACCUUCCGUCUAGCCAUGCCCGUGUGUCCAAACUACUGCGCGUGAGCAACACAACGUGUUUUGAGAAAAAAGGUCACGAACUCUGACCCUCCCUGAAGCAGCAGCAGACAGAAAAAAUAGCAUUAAUUUAUUAAACAUCGACACACAAUACGAGAGCACCGCACAAUAAUAGGUAAGACAACUGGAUUGUGCGCGCAAAAGCUCAUAUCAAACGACACGUUGGUCAGCUCCGUCAUGUAACACAAGGAGGAAGAAUACAUUUUCCAAGCCAGCAGCCUAAACUGCCAUUAGCUAACAGCCUUAGCUAACGGUUCCGGACCAAGACAGUGCACCAUAACCGGCAAUUUGAUGUGCCUCAUGGGGCUUUGAUGUGAGCAGCAGAAGGAAACAGAAUCGGCGUCAUGGACGGACACACUCAGAGGAUUCAGCUGGUCUCAGCUGACGGUGGCAUGAUGGGACAUCGUAUCCAGAUCGUGACGGACCAGGCGACGGGCCAGAAGAUCCAGAUCGUGACGGCGUUGGAGCAGGGUUCUGGUGGCAAGCAGCAGUUUAUCCUGGCUAAUGCAGACUACUCUACGCCAGGCAAGGUAAUCCUAGCCAAGCAAGAGGCCUCGUCCCCGGGAAAGGUGAUCCUGGCGGCCCCAGACGGUUCAGGGGUCAACCAGCUGCUGUUUGCCUCACCUGACCUGUCCGGCCAGCAGAUCCAGUAUUUCCAGUUUGUGACAGAAGGGUCAGACCAGGCACUUGCCAAGCCUGUGGUGGAGUACUGUGUGGUGUGUGGAGACAGGGCCUCAGGCCGUCACUACGGGGCAGUGAGCUGUGAGGGCUGUAAGGGUUUCUUCAAGCGCAGCAUCAGGAAGAACCUGGUUUAUACAUGCCGGGGGUCUGGAGAAUGUGUCAUCAACAAGCACCARAGGAACCGCUGCCAGUACUGCAGACUGCAGCGCUGCAUGGUCCUGGGCAUGAAACAGGACUCCGUUCAGUGUGAGAGGAAGCCYGUGGAUGUAUCCAGAGAGAAGUCUAUCAACUGUGCUGCGUCUACAGAGAAGAUCUACAUCAGGAAGAACCUGUGUAGUCCCCUGGCUGCCACGCCCACCUUCGUCACUGACAAGGAGACCGCCAGGUACUACAAGGAGACAGCCAGGUCAGCCAGUUUGCUGGAGUCGAGCAUGCUCCUGAACAUCCAGCAGCCUUUUCCCAAGCUAGAGAACAGCAUCCUGGUCCCCACAUCCCCUGAAUCGAAUGACCCGUGUCAGGACGACCUGAGCACGCUGGCCAACGUGGUGACGUCACUGGCCCACCUGAACAAGGCCCGGGAGAUGAACGAUGUUACCGACAGCAAUGACCUGAUGGGCGCGGAAGACACCCUUAGCAAUGGAGACAGCUCCAUGACGGAUCUCCAAGGAGACGAACAGACUGCCUGUGACAUCACCCGAGCGUUUGACACUCUGGCCAAGGCCCUGAACCCUGGGGACGGCUCGGCUGGAGACUCUCUGGAAGCCACCAUGCAGCUGAUGUCUGGAGACCAGUCUGGCCCCGUGGUGGAGCUGGAGGGGCCUCUACUCUUAGACAGCCACGUCCCCUUCAAGCUGAUGAUGCCGUUGCCCAUGCCGGAGUACCUUAAUGUGAACUACAUCUGUGAGUCGGCCUCGCGGCUCCUCUUCCUGUCCAUGCACUGGGCACGCUCCAUACCUGCCUUCCAAGCCUUGGGUGGUCAGGAUAAUGACAUUAACCUGAUGAAGGCUUGUUGGAACGAGCUGUUUGCUCUGGGCCUGGCUCAAUGCUCCAAUGUCAUGAAUGUCUCCACCAUCCUGGCUGCCAUCAUCAACCACCUUCAGACCAGCCUACAAGAUGGUACAGGAGGUGAUGAGAAGCUGUCCCCAGAGAGAGUGAAGCUGGUGAUGGAACACAUCUGGAGGAUGCAGGAGUUCUGUAACAGCAUGGCCAAGCUAUCCCCUGACGUUUAUGAAUACGCCUACCUUAAAGCCAUCAUCCUCUUCAGCCCRGGUGAGUAAGGGGGAGGAGGGGAUGAAGGGAUGAAGAGAGGAGCUUACAGGUUAAUUAUGGGUUGUUGUUAUGAAAGAACGAUGCAUGAUGCAACUCACUGCUGCGAUAAAAAGUGAUAUCGUUGGCCACGUCCCAGAGCAUCUGCAAAGAAAAAACAACCGCGUACAAAAUCAUCACACAACGCCCACCCGGCCCGGCCGAGUGUUUAACACGUCACUAACCGCAUCAAUAGGAUACAGUGUGACUGCUUUGAAGAUUGUCUGGAKCACGGCCAUUGGUUUAAACAUGCACACAGUGACUCUUAUGCAGUAACAUGACGAAUUGUUCUGUGGAUAAAAAGUGUGUGUGUGUCCCUGUGGCAUAUUAAGCCGUCCAGUCUCGCUGCGGUGCGGUUCUGGUGUGCCGUGGCUGCAUACAGUGACUCUGUGGUUGUGUAUGMGGCCAGCUGGGAGMUGCUGGCUGCUUUUAAGGGACCCGCUGAGACGACACGCUGACUGGCUAGAUCUCUAUCACACUCUGAGAAAGAUGAGUCAAGAUGACCAUGAUUGUUGUGCUGCUUCGUCUUACCCUGGUGUCUGAUGGGAAAAACAAAAGAGAAGGUGCCUGUGUACUUUCACACCUUCUUAGUGUAGCUGGGUGCUGCCAGUCAGCAAGGAGGGAGAGUGGGAAGAGAAGUAAACAGGCGAGCCAUUCGUGUUUUUUUUUUUACAGUUCUGUAACCUAGGAGUUAUGCCUAUCUCAAAGACCUGGUUCUCUUCAGUACUGGUUGGGGGAUUGGAGUCGUUUCAUUAUGUAAAUGAUGGGGGGAAACGUGCUGAUGAAAGAGAAAAGGAAGGAUAUGUGAUGUGACGUAAUUCAUUGUCUGGGAAAAGUGCUGUAAUUGGUUUAAACGUGUGCGCCGUAUGCGUUAACAUGGCGACUUGUCCUCUGUUACUCACCACUUCUUAGUGUAGCUAGGUGCUGCCCUUCAGACAACAGUUCCCAGAUUCUCAGCAAACUAUUUAAACAAAGUAAAGUAACUCCGGUCUCCCUAUGGGUUAACUGUGUACAUAAAGGGAGAGUUAUAAUCAAUACUGGAGAGUUGCGCCCUUUCCUUAAGUUGAAUCUAAUUGUUCUGUGUGUCUUUGCCAAGAAAUGUUUGAUAUGAAAACGCCUACUGCAAAACAUAAUAGACGACUAUAGUGGAGGAGGGCGGCGACUAUAAUCAGGGGGGGUGCAACUAUCCCCCAUACAUUCUGAAAUUGCCUUUUUGUCUA